UUCCUAAAUCUGCGUUCCGCAGAUUGGUAGUUGCAGCAGACCGCCUAUAGAAUCGGUGCUACCCCGGUUGUCGGAUGGCCACGUUGUCGCCUCCUUCUUCGUCGGCAUCUUGGCCUCUGCCUCCCUCAGACCCUAACCCCAACCCUAAUUUCCUCUCACUGCCCGUGGCACCGAAUUCGCCUCCCUCCGCUUCCUCUUCCCAAACCAUAGACCUCCCAGAAUCUGAAUACAACGACGAUUCGGUUCCUCCAAGCGCUGACCCAACCCGUUUGCCCGCUCCGACGCUGCUCCACCUCUCCUUUAACCAAGACCAUGGCUGCUUCUCCGCCGGCACCGACCACGGAUUCCGGAUCUACAACUGCGAUCCCUUCCGCGAGAUCUUCCGCCGCGACUUCUGCGGCGAUGACGGCGGCGGCGGAACGGGGAUCGGAGUGGUGGAGAUGCUGUUCCGGUGCAAUAUUCUGGCACUUGUCGGGGGCGGUCCCGACCCGCAGUACCCGCCGAACAAGGUUAUGAUCUGGGACGACCACCAGACGAGGUGCAUCGGUGAGCUUUCCUUCCGGUCGGAGGUGAAAUCGGUGCGGCUCCGACGGGACCGGAUAGUGGCGAUUCUGCUGCAGAAGAUCUUCGUAUACAAUUUUGCUGACCUGAAGCUGCUACACCAAAUCGAGACGAUUGCCAAUCCCAAGGGACUGUGUGAAGUUUCGCAGCUAUCGGGAUCGAUGGUUCUAGUGUGUCCGGGGUUGCUUAAGGGGCAAGUUAGGGUUGAGCACUAUAAUUCGAAGAGGACUAAGUUCAUAAUGGCGCACGAUUCCCGGAUUGCGUGUUUUGCCCUCACGCAGGAUGGGCGGUUGCUGGCGACAUCGAGUAGUAAGGGGACUUUGGUUAGGAUUUUCAAUACUUUGGAUGGUACAUUGUUGCAGGAGGUAAGGAGAGGUGCAGAUAGAGCAGAAAUUUACAGCGUAGCUUUCUCUUCUAGUGCCCAAUGGCUGGCUGUUUCUAGUGACAAGGGAACUGUGCAUGUCUUCAGCCUAAAAGUUGAAUCAGGAUCAUUAGGGAGUGACAGAUCACGCAGUUCAUCUGAACCAAAUCUUUCUGUUCCAUCAGCUGUUUCAUCUCUCUCCUUCAUGAAAGGUGUGCUGCCAAGGUAUUUCAGCUCAGAAUGGUCUGUUGCUCAGUUCCGAUUGCAUGAAGGUUCUCAGUACAUUGUUGCCUUUGGCCACCAAAAGAACACGGUUGUGAUCCUUGGCAUGGAUGGAAGUUUCUACCGAUGCCAGUUUGAUCCAGUAGCAGGUGGAGAGAUGACCCAGCUGGAGUACUACAAUUUCCUGAAGCCUGAAGAAACUUUCUAAACUCUCAAGAUGGAGGCAUGACUCUACUUUGGCAUGGUCGUUAUCGGGUAUUAUUUUUCCUAGAUUUGUUUAGGGGGUCUUAAUAAGUUGUAUAUAUACUAGGAAUUGGAAAUGAGCUGAAAAUGCUGGCAAUUCAAUAUCUGUGUUGUAUAUGCAUGCAAAUAUCAAUAUCUGUACAUGUAUAUAACUCAAACCAUAACAGUGACUGCUCUUCUUCCUUCUUUUUUUGCUUUUAUUUUUCCCUUACCACUUUUGUUUCACCCCACAUUACUUGAUAAAUAAAUGAGAUUGAAGACAGUUGUUGUAUAUUAA